GUCUCCAUCCAAUGGGCGCGUGCUCGUGCGCGGAGGGUGGGAUUUCGACUGCUGUUUGUGUUCCUUUCCCAAGGAAUGUGAGAGACACAAAGUCCGAAUGAUUCUCGGGACUGUCCGCUAACUUUAGGAUCUGGUUCGGCCAUGGACCAGUAGCUAUUCGCGCUUCUUUUUUCCAUCAACCGUAACUCUUCGGAUCCCAAACUGGCGACCUCACAUCUCCAGCUGGCACGCGCAAAUGAGCUCAUAGAUCAGAUCAAGCUCAAAGCAGUCUGUCUUGGUCUCUUGUUCUGCUGGACGCUUCCACGUUUCCACCAGGAGAUAUGAAGAAAGUGACAUUGUUUCCUGCGUGGCGGGGGGCUGGAGAGGGCCAUGGUUGGGGCUGGGCUCAGUGUGUGAGGUGGGAGGCUGGAGAAGGAGGCCCGUCCCGGGGUCUGGAGUGUCCGCUUUGGUGCGUCCUGUGUCGAGGAGGAAGAGACAGACUUAAGCAGGCCUGCCAGAUUGGGAGGGGAGCCCUUCGCCUGCCCACAGACAUGCUGAGCCUCAGACUACCACAGCUAUUCGACAUCCACCAGGUGCCAAAGGUGUUUCGAGAGGAUGGCAUCAUGUCUGGGUAUCGUCAUCCCAGGAGCUCAGCGCUGGACUGCAUCCUCAGCAGUUUUCAAAUGACCAACGAGACGGUCAAUAUCUGGACACACUUCCUGCCGACCUGGUAUUUUCUGUGGCGGUUCAGCGUCCUGUGCUCAUCUCUGGACUUUGUGACGGAUAGCUACACCUGGCCGCUGCUGGUCUACAUGCUGCUGAUCUGCCUUUAUCCCUUCACCUCCAGCUGCGCUCACACCUUCAGCACCAUGUCAGCCGAAGCUCGUCACAUCUGCUACUUCUUCGACUACGGAGCGCUCAGUCUCUACAGUCUUGGCUGUGCCAUCUCAUACGGGUCCUACGCUAUGCCCGACAGCUGGGUCAACAGUUGGCUUCACCAGCAUUUCGUGACCAUCGGCAUCUGCAACUCUCUCUUCUGCACCAGCAUGUCCUGCUACACCAGGUUCAUAGAGCUGCAAUUUCCACACAAAAGUAAAAUCCUGCGAACGUCUGCAUUUGUAGUCCCCUUCCUCUUCGACAGCUUCCCACUUUUUUACAGACUGCUGUCGUGCUGUUGGGGGAGCUGUAGUCCCAGUGAAGCUCUGGCCAGUCAUUCCUACCAUCUGCUCUUUGCCUUUCUCACAUGUUUUCUGUUCGCAUCGCACCUCCCUGAGAGACUCGCUCCAGGCCGCUUCGACUACAUCGGUCACAGUCACCAGCUCUUUCACAUCUGUGCGGUCGUGGGCACUCAUUUCCAGAUGGAGGCCGCGUUAUCAGACAUGGCGUCCCGCAAAGACUGGCUCAUAUCCUACUCCGGACUGCCCACAUUUCAGGGCACCAUGGGGGCUCUCGCUCUGGGCGUCCUGUUAAACCUGGCCAUCAUUGGUGUGUUUAGCGCCAGUUUAAUUCAGACUCCUCGCCAAAGCACUUCACACCCUCAUCAGGAGUAACAAGCUUUCUUGAACACUCCGAACCUCACUGUGCACCUUUCCGGACGAUUUUGACUUACAGAGCACUUAUACAGUCACUUUCACUGAUUUACAGUAUAUAGGCCUCUAGCAUUAAUACUUUUGUACUAAAAACGGUUAUGCUAGAUCAUUUAAUCUAGUUUUAUUUUAUUUUUUACUCACUGUUUAUUAUCUGAGCCGAAAACCCGAUAAUCGCAACCUUUCUGGGGAUGUUUAACCACCGUGCCUUCGAUUAUUUUUAUUAUUUAGUUGUCUACUUGAAAGGUUGAGGGUUGAAUGACGCUAAUAUUGAUUUUCUUACAAGCUAUAUUCUAACAUAGUUUGGGGUUUAUUAACCAAUAUGAUUGGUAUAUGUGUACUGGCAUGUGUUAAAAGUUAGCAUAUCAUUAACUGGAAUUGGUUGAGUAUAGCAUUAAUCAAGGGUUUUGUAUUUGCAUCAUCAUGAAUAACAACAUUAAUAUAAGUAAUUCAGUUUUA